AUGGUUCAUAAAACAGAACCUGAAUUUCCUCCAGGAAUCUCUGAGAGGUAAGAUAUGGCGGUUCUGUUGAAAUUAUUGAAAUAUUGAACAAACUUGUCCGUAAAUUUAAGCCCUGAGCUGCAAGCGCUACACGCGAUCGAUGCGUUUACUUUUUUGUCCUGGAGGUUUUAAGUAUCAUUUUAGGUAAAGAUAACCCUAUCAUUUCUUUUGCAGACUAUCAGAACUGGAGGAAGAGUACAGGGAUGGUGAUAUAACCGAGAAGGUGGGUCGAUCAUGUGCUCUCGAUCAUUUAUGCACAACUUGCUCGAAAGAGUGACUGAACAGCCUCUGUGAACGCACUGGUGAAAAAUCUUUGAGAAACGGGACAGCAAAAUUGCGGUCUCUAGAAGAUCCAAAGAUUGUGCGAUCAAAGGUCCAAAUGGCCUUUCUCAUUAAACUUUGUUUAUUGUGUCGUAUAAUUGUGAUCGCAAUGUGAUUCACUGUGUUUGUACAUAAAACUUUCCCAAAUCUUGCUCAUAAUGAGCGAUCAACAUCUUAAUCCUCCUUAACAGUCUGUAAAACGUGUUCGUGACACCUUGAUGAACCAUUCAGUUCUCACAACUGUUUUAAUAUUAAAUAUUGCCGGUUUACAGACCACUGAUUUGAAUAGUUACAGAGUAUAGACAGUUCUAUUUUUCAUCAGUCUGUAGUUUAAAUUGUUUAGAUCCAUAUUUGCCCCCAUUUUCUGGAGAAAAAGACACCAUGGCAGCUAAAUCUUUUGUGCCAGUCAUUUUACCUAUUCGCACAUAGUGCAAGCAGAAAUACUAACACAGUGUUAUCAAUUGAGUGAUCAGCCUGCAAAAUUUCUUCCACUGAUAUUGUAAAUUCCUCCAAUAGGAUUACUCUUAAUGCAAUAUUGUGGUAGCUACUGUAGAUCACAUGACCUAACUACUGGUUGAGAACUUUACUACCCAUGAAAUUAUGGACCAAAAUUUGGUCCAUAAUUUCAUGGGUAGUAUUUAAUGGAAGGGCGAUAGAAGGGUGAUGAUCACGUAUUCUUCAGUCAAACCUUCACUAAUGGCAACCUCUCCACAUAACAUUGACUCAUGUUUAAACCUCUCUAUGACAACAACCUCUCUACAAUGGCCGCUUUCUUCUGUCUCCAAGGAGGUCAUUAUGGAGAGGUUUGGCUUUAUUGGUCAAUAAUUGACCAAUAUUAGUGUCAGCCACGUGUUGGUCAAUAUAUCGGUCAAAUGUCGGUCAAUGCAUCAACCACCAAGUGCAAAUCACUCUAGAGGAGUGUACUAUAUGGCAGUCAAUACCCCUUAUAAGACACAAGAUCUGAAAUUUAAAGGGUGUAAAUCUAGUUUUAUCAAAUCGUUUGUCAGUCAUUUAUAUAAUUAUUUGCUACUGUGAUGUGACCAUGUCUUGUUGACAAAAUUUAAUAUUAUUAUCGAUCAACAUGCCUCUAACAGACAGACAACUGGCCGACAAAAUCAUCAGAUAUCUUCUGCUUUCCAAAUGCGUCCUCCUUAGUAUUACAGUAAAAAGACGUGUCCACUUUAUAUGACUUAUUCUCCCAACAAUAGUCUUUCAAAGGGAACCAUAUUUUGAUGUGGUAAAAGUAAAGAUUGCUUGCUAUCCCUUGACAGUGAUGCUUAAUCUGCACAUGUUAAACAUCUUUCUCUCUUUCAUAAAUCCUCCUUAAAACAGGGCUAUGUGAGAAAAAAGUGCAAGUUGAUAAAAUCCAUUUUGGCAAAGACAGUGCAGGAAAGGUGAGUUGUAUUGAAAUAUUUAAAUCUAGUCAGUAGGAAACUUUAUGUCCCCAAGUUUUGCUGCUCUUUGUGAAAAGUUGUUUACCUCUGCUGCACAAUUACUUGGAAAUAGAUGGCAUGGUGCCUCAGAUAAGAAAAAAAACGAUUGGCUUUUAAAUGGUAUUUCUACUGCUGAUUUUCAAAUUAAAGUUAGGUUGUUGUCAGCUUGUCCAGUCCUUUAUUUCGCUAUCAAAUUGCUUCUGUUAGUUGCUGUGUGUUUUUUAUUUUUAUCUUUGUUUUUUUCUUUUUAUUCUUUUGCUUUUUUAUGUGCGAGUGUGUGUUUGAUCAUGAUGUUCAUUUGUAUCUUUAAAAUAUUCAAUGUAAACAGCGUAAGCUCUCAAGAUGAGCCCUUUAGGCUCUUAGAGCAAAUGGUGUAUUAAAUAUUGUUUAUAAACAACAACAACAACAACAAUAACUCUAUUCCUCUUGACUCUGAAUUCAAACUCUUGCACAGUUUGUGGAAACAUCAGUCACUGCAUGCCAACAAAAGGAUUCAGGACUACCCCCAGACAAUCAUAUUCCACCUUACUUAUGAAAUGACUCCACAGUUCAAACAGUUCACUCCAAUAACAGUUAAACUUGGUCAAAGGAUUUUAUGCCUAGGGCUUGCUUUUUUUGUACUGAGAAGUGUAUUGCAUUGAAUUUUUUUAAAUAUUUUACUUUACUUUUUCACUAAUUCUAGAAUUGAAAAGAUAGAGGGUGAUUUCAAAGAUGGAAAAUCAACCGAAGUAAGUUGUUAACCUUAAAUCAUGAGUGCAGGGUCUAAAGUACCGUUCACAUUCCUCAGGUCAAGAGUAGAAGUCACUGCUUCAUCGAUAAAUUAUUAAGCCAUAUAGUUUCCUGUUGAUCGAUCUAAAAAAUGGUAUUGUAAAGAAAUUAGGGCAAGACACCGUGGGUGAUAAAUUGCUAAGCCAUACAGUUUCCUCUCAUUAUCUAAAAUAAUGAUUUUGUAUUAGAGGUUCAGGCAAGGAGACACCUUGGGUUCUUUUUAUUUAUCUGUAGCAUCCAUGCUGACCUGUACUCUGACUUGUGGAAAGUGACCUGUAUUUUUAACCCAUCAUAGUCUCACAAUCGUGAGACUAUAAUGGAAAGUUGCCCUAAAUAGCACGGACAAUAUACAUUCAGCUUUAUAUUAAAGCAUUAAGGGUUUUAGUAGCCUGAACUAACCAUAUUAUAGCUUGGGGAAAAUCCAUUGCCCCUCCUCUCUUGUAGCAAAGAAUGUGACAAUUCCAAACUUCUUUUGCCACAGGAGCAACUGAUAAAAGAUCUUAAGGAACUGCUGUCUGAGAUUGGUCACAGGGCUACCAAUGGCUGUGAUGUUAAACCAAGGUUUCCUGUGCAUAAUGAUGAUAUUGAGAAUGGUACAGCUGUGGCAGUAAAUGAAGAACCUAUGGAGACAGGGUGUGAGGAAUCUGAGGUUGAACAGGGGAAUGUUGGCAUCAACAGUGGUAAUGUAAGGUCAGGAUCAAGUCCGCCAUGA